AUGGCUGGCCAGCUCUCGAGUCGACAGCAACUAGAUCUGCACAAAUCGAUGCUUGAUUACCUUUACAAUGCAGGAUUUAUGAGAACGUACAACGAGCUUCGUGCGGAAGCACCUGAGGUGGGCGAAUUUGUACCAGAUCCUACAUCCCCGAGUAGCGGCCUUCUGGUAAAGAAAUGGACUAGCAUUAUCCGGAUGCAACGCAAGGUAAUGGAUCUCGAGGCACGACUGGCACAAGCACACGAAGACCUGGCCAAUGCAGGCCCUGCGUCGUCAGAAGGCUCUAAACGUGUCAACAAAGAAUGGAUACCCUCAGCAACACCUAAACUGACAUUACCGGGCCAUCGAGACAAAAUAAACGCGAUCAGCUUCCAUCCUCAGUACUCCGUACUAGCCUCUGCUUCGGUCGAUGCCACGGUGAAGAUUUGGGAUUGGGAGACUGGGGAGUGCGAGCGUACGUUGAAGAGCCACACAAAGGCUGUAUCGGAUUGUCAAUUCGAUUCAACGGGGAAAGUAUUAGCUACUUGCUCUGACGACCUGUUCAUCAAACUUUGGAAUGUGCCCGACGAUUACAAGAAUUUUGCGACACUACGCGGUCACGAACAUUCAAUCUCAAGCGUGUUCUUCCUUCCAGGAGACAAUCAACUGAUAUCGGCGAGCAGAGAUAACACGGUUCGAGUUUGGGAUGUGCAGACCAGUCAUUGUGUGAAGGUGCUGAAACCUCAUACGGAGUGGAUACGUUCUGCGUUGCCCAGUGCGGACGGACGGUUGAUUCUGACAUGCUCAGACGAUCACACCGCCCGAAUUACGGACCUCGAGUCGGGUGCCAUGAAGACAGAGAUGCGAGGGCACGAUAAUCGAAUCGAAUGUGCGGUGUUCGUGCCCCAAGCCUCGAUUCCAGCCGUCCGAGAAUUGGUCGCCGUGCCCGCGACCGUACAAUCUUCGAAAGUCGACCGGCUAGGGAUUUCGUUCGUGUUGACCGGGUCGAGAGACAAGACAAUCAAGCUAUGGGAUGCGCUUCGAGGGCAGUGUUUGUGGACUUUCGUUGGACACGACGGUUGGGUUCAAGAGCUGGCCUUCCACCCAUGCGGAAAGUUCCUCCUAUCAGCAGCUGAUGACCACACGAUGCGGGUGUGGGAUCUAAAGACAGGUAGAUGCCUGAAAAAGAUUGAGGCACACUCUCCAUUUGUCCAGUGCGUCUCCUGGGGACCGACACCCGUCGUGGAAGGAAGCGAUGAGAGUGAUCGUAUCGUGAAUGUGGUGGCAACUGGUGGUACUGACAAGCUCAUCAAGAUUUGGCGACCUUAG